GGGCCGGGAGCGCGCACGCCGCGCCCCGCCCCCGUCCUCCCGCCGCGGCCGCCGCCGCCGAGAAGCUGUUGCCGCCACAGGUGUCUGCAAAUGGUGUACGUUGUCAGUGCCAUCCAGCGUGUGCCAGGCUGAUCCAUGGUCACUUUCCGGGAUGGCAGCAAGGUGACUUCAGCUGAGGAUGACCCUGACUGAAAGGCUGCGUGAGAAGAUAUCUCAGGCCUUCUACAACCAUGGGCUGUUCUGUGCGUCCUACCCCAUCCCCAUCAUUCUCUUCACGGGGCUCUGCAUCUUAGCCUGCUGCUACCCACUGCUGAAGCUGCCCUUGCCAGGAACAGGACCCGUGGAAUUCACCACUCCUGUGAAAGAUUACUCACCCCCACCUCUGACCUCUGACCACAAGCCUGGAGAGCCCAAUGAGCAGCCAGAGUGGUACGUGGGUCCCCCGGUGGCUUAUAUCCAGCAGAUAUUUGUGAAGUCUUCCGUGUCUCCCUGGCACAAGAACCUCCUAGCAGUAGAUGUGUUCCGCUCACCUCUCUCGAGGGCAUUCCAGCUGGUGGAGGAGAUUCGGAACCACGUGCUGAAAGACAGCUCCGGGACCAGAAGCCUAGAGGACGUGUGCCUGCAGGUGACUGACCUGCUGCCAGGCCUCAGGAAGCUCCACAACCUUCUGCCCGAGCAUGGAUGCCUGCUGCUGUCCCCGGGGAACUUCUGGCAGAAUGAUAGGGACCGCUUCCACGCAGACCCCGACAUCAUCAGGACCAUCCACCAGCACGAGCCCAAAACCCUGCAGACCUCGGCCACACUCAAAGACCUGCUGUUCGGCGUCCCUGGGAAGUACAGCGGGGUGAGCCUGUACACCAGGAAGCGGCUGGUCUCAUACACCAUCACCCUGGUCUUCCAGCACUACCACGCCAAGUUCCUGGGCAGCCUGCGGGCCCGCCUGAUGCUCCUGCACCCCAGCCCCAACUGCAGCCUCAGGGCAGAGAGCCUGGUCCAUGUGCACUUCAAGGAGGAGAUUGGCAUCGCUGAGCUUAUCCCCCUGGUGACCACCUACAUCAUCCUGUUUGCCUACAUCUACUUCUCCACACGCAAGAUCGACAUGGUCAAGUCCAAGUGGGGCCUGGCUCUGGCUGCCGUGGUCACGGUGCUCAGCUCGCUGCUCAUGUCUGUGGGGCUCUGCACACUGUUCGGCCUGACACCCACCCUCAAUGGCGGGGAGAUCUUCCCCUACCUGGUGGUGGUCAUCGGGCUGGAGAACGUGCUGGUGCUCACCAAGUCCGUCGUCUCCACCCCGGUGGACCUCGAGGUGAAGCUGCGCAUCGCCCAAGGCCUGAGCAGUGAGAGCUGGUCCAUCAUGAAGAACAUGGCCACAGAGCUGGGCAUCGUCCUCAUUGGCUACUUCACCCUCGUGCCUGCCAUCCAGGAGUUUUGCCUUUUUGCUGUCGUGGGCCUGGUGUCUGACUUCUUCCUUCAGAUGCUGUUUUUCACCACUGUCCUGUCCAUUGACAUUCGCCGGAUGGAGCUGGCGGACCUGAACAAGCGGCUGCCCCCUGAGGCCUGCCUGCCCCCAGCCAAGCCGGUGGGGCGGCCAACGCGCUUUGAGCGGCAGCCGACUGUGCGGCCGUCCAUGCCCCACACCAUCACGCUGCAGCCGUCCUCCUUCCGCAACCUGCGUCUCCCCAAGAGGCUGCGUGUCAUCUACUUCCUGGCCCGAACCCGCCUGGCACAGCGCCUCAUCAUGGCCGGCACAGUGGUCUGGAUUGGCAUCCUUGUGUACACGGACCCAGCUGGGCUGCGCACCUACCUGGCCGCCCAGGUAACAGAGCAGAGCCCGCUGGGUGAGGGUGCCCUGGCUCCUCUGCCUGUGCCCAGUGGCGUGCUGCCUGCAAGCCACCCGGACCCUGCCUUUUCCAUCUUCCCGCCGGACGCCUCCAAGUUACCCGAGAACCAGACAUUGCCGGGGGAGCCGCCUGAGCCCGGGGGUCCAGCCGAGGGCAUCCAUGACAGCCCGGCCCCAGAGGUCACCUGGGGGCCCGAGGACGAGGAGCUCUGGAGGAAACUGUCCUUCCGCCACUGGCCCACCCUCUUCAGCUAUUACAACAUCACACUGGCCAAGAGCUUGGCAGGGCAGGCGGAGUCCCAUGGAGAGAGUAGAGGGGGCCCUGGGCAGCAACAGGCCCGGGUGUCUCCGCUGAGGCUGAGCGCUGCCCGGCCCAGGUACGUCAGCCUGCUGCCUGUCAUCCCCGUCACGCUCCGCUUGAACCCGCGAGAGGCUCUGGAGGGUCGGCACCCUCAGGACGGCCGGAGCACCUGGCCCCCGCCCCGGCCCGGGCAGGGUGGGCUCUGGGAGGCCGGCCCCAAGGGGCCAGGCACGGCGCAGGCGCACAGAGACCUCACCCUGUACAAGGUGGCGGCGCUUGGCCUGGCCUCGGGCAUCGUGCUUGUGCUGCUGCUGCUCUGCCUGUACCGUGUGCUCUGCCCGCGCAACUACGGGCAGCCCGGCGCGGGGCCCGGCCGGCGGCGGCGGGGGGAGCUGCCCUGCGAUGACUAUGGCUACGCGCCUCCCGAGACGGAGAUUGUGCCCCUGGUGCUGCGCGGGCACCUCAUGGACAUCGAGUGUCUGGCCAGCGACGGGAUGCUGCUGGUGAGCUGUUGCCUGGCAGGCCACGUGUGUGUAUGGGACGCGCAGACCGGAGACUGCCUCACCCGCAUCCCGCACCCGGGCAGGCAGCGGCGGGACAGCGGUGUUGGCAGUGGGCUGGAGACUCAGGAGACCUGGGAACGGCUGUCAGACGGCGGGAAGGGUGGCCCGGAGGAGCCUGGGGAUAGCCCUCCGCUGCGGCACCGGCCCCGGGGCCCUCCACCACCUGCCCUCUUUGGGGACCAGCCAGACCUCACCUGCUUGAUUGACACCAACUUCUCCGCGCGGCCACAGCUCCCCGAGCCGGCUCAGCCCGAGCCCCGGUACCGGGCAGGCCGCCGCGCUCAAGAUUCCUCAGGCUACGACUUCAGCCGCCUGGUGCAGCGCGUGUACCAGGAGGGGAGCAUGGCUCCCGUGCACACGCCAGCCCUGCGCCCACCCUCUCCCGGGCCUACGUUCGCCCCGGCUCCUGAGGACGAGGCUGGCUUUCCUUCCGAGAAGAGCUACCCGUCCUUCGCCUGGGCCCCCAGCGCAGAAGGCUCCAUCUGGAGUCUGGAGUUGCAGGGCAGCCUCAUCGUGGUGGGGCGGAGCAGUGGCCGGCUGGAGGUGUGGGACGCCAUCGAGGGCACCCUGCGCUGCAGCAGUGAGGAAGUGUCGUCAGGCAUCACGGCCCUCGUUUUCCUAGACAAAAGGAUCGUGGCCGCCCGGCUCAACGGCUCCCUCGAUUUCUUCUCUUUGGAGACCCACGCUGCCCUCAGCCCCCUGCAGUUCCGAGGGGCCCCGGGGCGGGGCAGUUCCCCCGCCUCCCCCGUCUGCAGCAGCAGUGACAGGGUGGCUUGCCACCUGACCCACACCGUGCCCUGUGCACACCAGAAGCCCAUCACAGCCCUGAAGGCAGCUGCCGGGCGCCUCGUGACUGGCAGCCAGGACCACACACUGAGAGUGUUCCGUCUGGAGGAUUCGUGCUGCCUCUUCACCCUGCAGGGCCACUCGGGGGCCAUCACGACUGUGUAUAUCGACCAGACCAUGGUGCUGGCCAGCGGAGGCCAAGAUGGGGCCAUCUGCCUGUGGGACGUGCUGACCGGCAGCCGGGUCAGCCACAUGUUCGCUCACCGUGGGGAUGUCACCUCCCUCACCUGCACCACCUCAUGCGUCAUCAGCAGUGGCCUGGACGACCUCAUCAGCAUCUGGGACCGCAGCACGGGCAUCAAGCUCUACUCCAUCCAGCAGGACCUGGGCUGUGGCGCAAGCUUGGGUGUCAUCUCAGACAACCUGCUGGUGACCGGCGGCCAGGGCUGUGUUUCCUUUUGGGACCUGAACUACGGGGACCUGUUACAGACAGUCUACCUGGGCAAGAACAGCGAGGCCCAGCCGGCCCGCCAGAUCCUGGUGCUGGACAACGCUGCCAUUGUCUGCAACUUUGGCAGCGAGCUCAGCCUGGUGUACGUGCCCUCUGUGCUGGAGAAGCUGGACUGAGGGUGGGCCUCCCUGCACCUCUGGCUGGGGAGCUCGGUGGGCAACGCACUGGACCUGGACUGGGGGGAGUGCUGAGUCUUGGGGAAGCUGCUUCUGACUGUCCUGUCCUGCCUCAUGACUAAUAUUAAACCUGUUUUUUUA